AUGAAAUUAAUUCUCCUCUGGCUGCCAAUCACUAUUUUUGCUGAAUUCAAUGCAAUGAAUAUUGCAUUUAGAGAAGAUUUCCUGCAAAAUAUAUACACUCAUGCUUUGGAGUCCUGACCAAAUUACAUUAUAGUUUAGCAGUUUAGGCUCAUAGAAAUUUGUUUUAAUAAGAAUUUAAUUUUUAUUGGAAAAUAGGAAACAUUAUUAAUUAUGAAGACCUUGAAAAUACCCAAAAUUAGAAUAUUAAUACUGAUUUAGAAGAUAUCAUUAUUCAAACUGAAGAUCCUAAUUAUCCAACAGCAAAGUUCUCAAAUAUAAUAUUAACAGACAUCUCUUUAAAUUAUUCUUCACCAAUUACAAUUAAAGAGUCUGAUGUUAUAGAGCUUUCAAUAAAUGAUGUCAACGCUUUCUUUGAUUCCAAUUUAACACUUCAAGGAGGUGAAACCCCGCUUGAGAAUCCUUGCAAACUCGAAAUAAAUGAAACUGAUAUCACGAUUUAUAUAUUUAUCUUCAUGGGAAAUGAUGGUGAAGCAGUUGUCGGGGUUAAAAAUUCUUUACUUUUUCAAUUGUGAAUAAUUUAAUUUUUUCUAUUAUGAUUUGACAUAUAUUUUUAAAAAAAAAUCUAAUCACUAAUGGAGCUAGCAAAUAUAGGGAAUAUUUCUCUUAUGAACACCUUAAAUGAGACAAUAAAUGAAGCCAUAUGAAAAGGGCUUCAAAAGGAAAUUGCAAUUUUCGAAAAAGAGAUUAUCGGGCUAUUUGAAAAAUAUGUUAUUGAAUGGAAUCAUUAUUUAUCACAACGCCCAUAUAAAACACCAUUAAAAGACCUUGGAAUUGUCGUUGAUACCCAUCUCGCUCACAAUGCAACAACUACGAACAAUUAUUUGUCACUUCCCCUUAUAGGCACAGUUCUUAAUGCAAAAACUGGGUUGCCUAUCCUUAACUAUACUUCUUCAACUCUUCCAAGCUCAAGCCAGCGCCAAUUUCCAAUUCAGCUAUUUUUAUCUGAUUAUUUUGUGAAUUCUGCUCUUAUUCAAUGGUGAAUCAAUUUAUCUGUUGAUCUUUUAACACUUCCCCCUAAUUUCCCAUUUAAACUAACCACAAACGGCUUAGCAUUUUUUGUUCCACAAUUGCAGCUUACUUAUGGAAAAAAUAAGCCAGUUUAUAUACAAUUUACUGCGGACCCAGAAAAUCCUAUCCCUUCUUUUACAACAAAUAACGCAGUUUAUUUUCAAGGCUACAUACAGAUGAUUUUCUGGGUUCAAAUACAGAAAUCUUGGGUUCGUGCUUUUAAUAUGCAGGUUUUGACAAAUGCAGUGUUUCCUUUAUCUAUUGUGAACACAACUGCUACUUAUAAAAUUAAUAGCCUGCAGGCGAGUAAAAUUUCUGUGACUGACUCAAAUGUUGGAACAAUAAACACGCUAUUGACUGCGAAUGUUCUGAAUAAUGUUUUUCAAAUAUUGAUUCCUUUUAUAAACUUGCAGUAUGACCAGAUGAAUGUGAAAAUACCGGAUCUUGAGCAUUAUAAAAUUCAAGGGGAUAUAGUGAAUGUAUAUAAAGGAUAUACUGAAAUUGACUAUUUUCUUAUUCCUAUCAUGUAUAAUAUGUAUAUUUAUUUAAUUUAUUAAUCUCCCGUUAGUUUUAGACCCGAAGCUGCUUAAGAAGCGUUUCUUUUUGGUCUAGCUCUACCUUAGAUUGUUUGUGGCUGAUCAACUGGAUCGCUAUUCUAGUACCUAUAUGAUCAUUAUAGCACUUAGAGGGGAGGGGGAGGGGGAGGGUUUAUUUAGGCGGGGCCGGAAAUCCGACCCCCCGACUCGCCCUUAUGGGCGAGUUUUAUUAAACAUUAUAGCACUGUCACUAACAGCUUUGGUUCCUUGUUUCACUUAGUCUGAAUUUUCUAUGUACAUUCUCGGCACUAGAGUAUUGCCUUUUAAAUAAGAGUAGAGGGCCAAAUACGAUACUUGAAAGGAUGCGGUGUAAAAAAAGUCUACCAUUGUUCCCUCUUGCAGCAGGAGUGCCCGUAUAAAAGCCUAACCCUAUAAAAAUACAAUUUAGACGAGGAAGACUCUCAUCCGAGCCAUUUUAUUUUUAUUAUUCUAUCAUACAAAAUAAAUUUUAA